GACGCCCCGUAAGCCACGCUGCCCAGCUGCUCCCUCCAUCGCUUGCCCGCUGCUGUUCGGAUUCCGCUUCGCCUCCUCCGUCGUCCCUGGACGCCCACGCGGCCACGUCUCCGGGGCUGCACCACCUCUCCCGACCUCCCAUGGCGGCGCUGGGCGCCGCGACCACCCCCGCAGCGGCUCCCGCGGCGCCGUGCGGCAACAACCGGCACCCACGGCACCGCGUCGCGGCGCGCCGCGGCCGGGCCGUCCCGGCGAGGAGGCUCGAGCUGCGCGCGGGCGUCUCACCCGCCGUCACAGCGGACGCGCCCGACGAGGCGGCCGCGGAACCUCUGGUGGAAGUGGAACCGGCGCCGGAGACGAAGCUGAGCAAGCUGGCGUGCCCAAUCUGCUACUAUCCCCUCGUGAGCGCGAGCGAUCAGUCAGGUGAUGCUUCGAGUCUCGAGUGUUCUACCUGCAAAAAGGUGUACCCCAAUAAGCAGGAUUACUGGGACCUUACUGUGGCAGUUGGCUCGUCCGAGUACUCGGAGUCCAUGCCGGCAGCAACUGAAUUAUUCAGGACUCCGCUGGUAUCAUUUCUUUACGAGAGAGGAUGGCGCCAAAAUUUCAUAUGGGGUGGUUUCCCAGGCCUAGAGAGAGAGUUUGAAAUGGCAAAAACUUAUUUGAAGCCGACAAUUGGAGGGACUGUUGUUGAUGCUAGUUGUGGAAGUGGCUUGUUUUCAAGAUUAUUUGUUAAGAGCGGACUAUAUUCUCUUGUCGUGGCACUAGAUUUCUCAGAGAAUAUGUUGAAGCAGUGCAAUGAAUACAUCAAGCAGGAAAAUAUUUCAGAUGAGAGAUUAGAAUUGGUGAGGGCUGACAUAUCCAGGCUCCCUUUUGUGAGUGGCUCAAUUGAUGCUGUGCAUGCAGGCGCUGCAAUUCAUUGUUGGCCAUCCCCAGCUUGUGCUGUUGCAGAAAUCAGUAGAGUCCUUCGCCCAGGGGGAGUUUUCGUUGCUUCUACAUUUGUAGCAGAUAUUAUUCCGCCAGCUAUCCCGUUAUUGAGGAUUGGACGCCCGUACAUUAGCCAAAUCACUGGCAAUAAUACCUUCUUAUCUGAAGUGGAAUUUGAAGAUCUUUGCAAAGCAUGUGGGUUGGUUGAUUUCAAAUUUGUCAGAAAUGGGUUCUAUAUAAUGUUCUCUGCUACUAAAGCAAGCUAAGAGCUGCGAUUAUCCAGAAGUUUAUGAUGGGAUUCCUUAGUCUGAUACUUCAAAUGGUUUCUUUCUGUGCAUGGCGCCCUUUGCUCUUAGGGCUGCUACUUUUGCUCAAGGGACGUGUCAUAUGAUCUGUGAAUACACAGGUCUAACUUGACUGACCUCAUUAUGGCAUAUAUUAUCUCAUUUCUUUGUAUAUAGCCUCAGAUAUGUUACAAUUAUGUAAUUUAUCAACUUCUCUUUAGUGUUGAUAUAUGUGGUUGCCUUGAUUGAAGACUUACUAACGUGCUAUAAAUUAUUCUGGAGUAUAAGUAUCAGCAGGACGAUAAAUACGUUUUAUCUGUUAAUUGGUGUAAAUUAUUUGUACAACUUUGUUGGAAUAUAAGUCAAUUGCCCACCGCUCCCCAUAAGCUUAAGCUUUUGGGUUGAACUGGUUGGUGUAUGCAA